UAUAUAUAUCAGAUAGACCCCGAACAUUUCUCUAUCUGCAACAUUUUCCCUUUACAUCCGAUCCAACAAAAGUUCAAAAGAAGGAAAGACCUUAGUAGCCAUGUCUUCUUCUUCUUGUGUUGCUCAUGUGGCUCUCUUGCCAAGUGCAGGCAUGGGGCAUCUAACCCCGUUUCUAAGGCUUGCAGCAAUGCUCUGCCACCACCACUGCCACGUCACACUCAUAACCCCAAAACCAACCGUUUCUAACGCUGAAUCAAACCUUCUCUCAAAGUUCUUCUCUGCUUUCCCACAGGUCAACCAACUCAACCUUCACCUUCUCCCUUCUUCUCACACUGCAAAUGCAGACCCUUUCUUCCUCCAAUUCGACGCCAUUCGCCGCUCCUGCCACCUUCUCCAUCCUCUCUUGUCCUCCCUCUCUCCACCUUUACGUCAUUUGUCUAUGUCCUCAUUCGUCUAUGACAUGACACUGAUCUCACCCGUUCUUCCAGUUGCAACCGCCAUUGGCGUUCCUCACUAUAUCUUGUUCACUUCCUCUGCUUCCAUGUUCUGUUUCUAUUCCUACUUCCCCAAAGCAGCUGAAUCCACUUUUGACGGCGAUGGUAUUGAUAUUCCGGGUUUUUCAUCUGUGUCUAAAUCAUCGCUCCCUCCGCAGCUUCUUGACAGGGACGGUAUCUACCGCAAACUUUUCUUGGAAGACAGUCCUAAGGUCACAAAACUACAUGGUGUCUUUCUCAACACGUUUGAAGAGGUGGAGUCGAAGACUCUUAAGGCUCUUAACGCUGGGGAAGUGGUGAAAGACAUGCCACCGGUUCACGCUCUUGGACCCUUUGUUCCCUGCUAUGAGUUUGAGGGUUUAGGCGAAAGGGGAGAGUCAUUGAAGUGGCUUGAUAAACAGCCUAAUGGUUCUGUUAUUUAUGUUUGCUUUGGAAGCAGAAUAGCUUUGAAAAGUAACCAAAUUAGAGAGAUCGGAGAUGGGUUGGUGAGAAGUGGAUUCAGGUUUCUGUGGGUUGUGAAGGGUAACAAGGUUGAUAAGGAAGAUGAAGAGAAAGGGUUAGAAGGGGUAUUAGGAAUUGAGCUUGCAGAGAGGAUUACAAAGGACAAUAAGGGGUUGGUGGUUAAAGAAUGGGUUGACCAAAGGCAGAUUCUUGAUCAUAGUGCUGUUGGAGGGUUUUUUAGUCAUUGUGGUUGGAACUCAGUUAUCGAAGCGGCAUUUUAUGGUGUUCCCAUAUUGGGAUGGCCUUUGUUAGGAGAUCAAAAGAUAAAUGCAGAAUUUGUGGUGUCAAAUGGAGGGUUUGGUAUUUGGAAGAAGGAUUGGGGUUGGGAAGGGGAAAGGUUGGUGAGAGGGGAGGAAAUUGGAGACGCCAUUAAAGAGUUGAUGAGGAAUGAGUCUUUGAUUACCAAAGCUGAGGAAGUGAAAAUGGCCGCAAGGAAGGCCAUAGGUGUUGGUGGUGGUUCUGAGAUUAAUCUUCAGAAAAUCACUGAGCAAUGGAAGAAGAGUCAAUGAUAUCAAGCGUUGGUGGAUCAAUUCAAGAAUCAAUAUUGAAAAGUUGUUCAUGAGUGUAUUAUAUGCCUAUAUAAACUUCGAACACACUCCGCAUUGACUCCCUCAAGAAAAUAGUUGGCUCACGUUCUAUUUAGGUAAAUUAAAAGAAUAAAUUGUUUGGACAAGAAUAUUAGAUGAAUGUCUUAAUUUCAAUCUGAUUACAUUUUUGUCUA